UGCUGACGCCACCCGCGUCGCCGAGGACCCUGCCCGGCUCUCCAUUGCAGCCGCCGCCGCCACCUCCGCCUCUGUUCAACCUUGGUCUUCAGCGCCCUCUUCGGCGUCCCCUUCUCCUGUGAGGUGGCCGCUGGUUCUCUCGUCGCCAUGACCUUGUUGACUGCCAGCAGUAGGGCGGCCGCGCGCCUCUUGGGGGCCAAGAAUGCAUCAUGUAUCAUAUUUGCCGCUAGACAUGCCAGUGCCUCCACGAAUCUGAAAGAUGUUCUCACAAACAUGAUACCCAAGGAGCAAGCAAGGCUUAAAGGCUUCAGGCAACAAUAUGGCAGCACGGUCAUUGGUCAAAUAACUGUGGAUAUGAUCUAUGGUGGUAUGAGAGGUAUGAAGGGGUUAAUAUAUGAGACUUCUGUGUUGGAUCCUGAUGAGGGUAUCCGUUUUCGAGGCUAUAGUAUUCCUGAGUGUCAGAAGCUGCUGCCCAAAGCCCCUGGAGGUGCAGAGCCCCUGCCUGAAGGGCUGUUUUGGUUGCUGGUGACAGGAGAGAUCCCCUCCCAAGAACAAGUGAAUUGGGUCUCUCGAGAGUGGGCCAAGAGAGCAGCUCUUCCUUCCCAUGUGGUCACCAUGCUGGACAACUUCCCCACCAACCUUCACCCCAUGUCCCAACUCAGUGCAGCCGUCACCGCCCUCAACAGCGAGAGUACCUUUGCCCGCGCCUAUGCCGAGGGAAUCCACCGGACCAAGUACUGGGAGUUCAUCUACGAGGAUUCCAUGGACUUGAUUGCCAAGCUGCCAUGUAUAGCUGCAAAGAUCUACCGCAACCUGUACCGUGAGGGCAGCAGCAUUGGCGCCAUAGACCCUGCCUUAGACUGGUCACACAACUUCACCAACAUGUUGGGUUAUAGUGAUCCAGAGUUCAUCGAACUCAUGCGGCUCUACCUCACCAUUCACAGUGACCACGAAGGUGGGAAUGUUAGUGCCCACACCAGCCAUUUAGUGGGCAGUGCCCUUUCGGACCCUUACUUGGCUUUUGCUGCAGCCAUGAACGGUCUGGCCGGGCCUCUCCACGGUCUUGCAAAUCAGGAAGUGCUGGUAUGGCUGACAAACUUGCAAAAGGAGCUGGGCGAGGAUGUGUCAGAUGAGAAGCUGAGAGAUUUCAUAUGGAAUACCUUGAACUCUGGCAGGGUGGUUCCCGGCUAUGGUCAUGCAGUUCUAAGGAAGACUGACCCUCGCUACACCUGUCAGAGAGAAUUUGCCCUCAAGCACCUUCCCAAAGAUCCCCUCUUCAAGUUGGUGGCUCAGCUGUACAAGAUUGUUCCUAAUGUGCUGUUGGAACAGGGCAAGGCCAAAAAUCCUUGGCCCAAUGUGGAUGCACACAGUGGAGUCCUCUUACAGUACUAUGGCAUGAAGGAGAUGAACUACUACACGGUCCUGUUCGGCGUCUCUCGAGCCCUCGGUGUUCUGUCUCAACUCAUCUGGAGCCGGGCGCUUGGCUUCCCCUUAGAGAGACCCAAAUCUAUGAGCACGGAUGGGCUGAUGGUUCUUGUAGGUGCCAAGUCUGAUUAAAACCAAGGAUGUGGCAGGGAGUAGCUAUUAUGGGAAUGGUCAAAAUGAUGCAACUUUUUGGUUUUGUUCAAAAGGGCCUUGACAGGAUCUUUCCUUUGGAGGCACUGACCAUCACAUUUUCAGGUUAUUUAUGGGAUAAAUUCAGCUGAAACUAGAAACGUAUCUCCCCACCCCCACCCCUUCCAAUUACCUCUUAAUACCACCAAAAGUUAGUUUAGACUCUCAAGUGCAGGGCCCAGGGCAGUUCUUCCCAACCUGAGUUGAUAUCCCAGGCCAGAGAGUGGGUUGAUUUCUAGUUCUGGUGUUACUACUUCAUUGCCCUGUGUUGCUGGCCAGGAGCAGAGGAUACUUCUCCAUUUAACAAUCAUGUUGUAUCACAUGCUGCUUUUAUAUCAGCUGGAUCACCAUUUCCCCUCCGUGCAGAGAGCUUCUGCGUUCUGAACAAUGUCCUCUUUUUCUAUGCCAGCUUGGAACACUGUGAGGAGGGAAGGGAGGUUCUUGCCCCCCUCGUAUGCUCAGUCUCCUGCUCCCUGCGUGUUGUCAUAUGCUCCCUUCCUCUCUGCUGUAAAACAGCAGGAUUUGUGCUCUUAAAGGCAGAGCAAGGUAGGCUGCAGCUCCCCAAUCCUUGUCUGUGCUCAGUAGAAGAGUAAAACUUACUCCCCUUACUUAUCUGAGGGGCAGUACUACUCUUCCCCCAUGCCAGCUGCCACAGCAACUGAUUGUCCCAAUUUGUACUGGCGCCCAUUCAACACCCCCAUUCCCUGUCCUUGGGAGACUGUUCUUUGUUGCCAAAGGCAGAAUUCUGGUGAACAUCUGCCAGGCACCGAAAUCUCCCGAUCCCCUCCUGUUUAGCCUAAAGGGGGAUAAGGCACAGGACGCUUGAAGCAAGUGCCUUCUCCCUCUGUGUUUUGAUUUCAGUGUUGGUGCUGUGGUAUUGAAAAGGUGGGGUUGUCCAAAUCUUAGUGGAUGAUAUUUGGCAACACGUUUGUUUCCCAGAACGUCAGCCAUGGUGAUAACUGCCACAGAGAGCUCAGCGGGCUAGCCGUAACUUGAGCAACGGUGGCAAAGAAUACAACCUGUCUCCUGGCCUCCUUUCCUUGCUAGAAAGGACUUCAUACACUCCUAUUUUUGUUUUGUUUUUUUUUCUGUGUGUUUGUGUGAAAUCCCUUGACCCCCUUAAACCACAAAAAAAGGAAAGAAACCCCACUCUUUAAGGCACAGUGUACUUGGCUGUGCGAGCAUCUGCAUCCUGUUGCAAACUUCAGGUGGUUCUGUACAAACUGCAAAAUAAAUGUUUUUAUUAACAAGUUACAGAA